UGUGUGCCACCGUACGGCGAUAUAAGCGGUUCACUUAUAAAACCCCUCUCCUAAAAUCGACAAAUCCAUUAUUUAUAUUUAUCCCCUAAUCAAUUAACCCACCCGACACUCAACACACCAAAACUCCAAAUAAAUCUCGCAAUGUAAACAGAAUCAUGAAACCGACCAAUUCAAAACUCUUCUCGCGCUUCAGAAUUACCCACGAAAUUUACCUGUGCAGUGUUUGUGAGUUUGUGUGAAACGUAUUAACGGAGAGAGAUAAAAAGAGAGAGAGGUGAAAAACCGGACUUAUGACUUGUGCGUGAGAAACGUGAAUAAUUUUUUUUUAUCAACUUUUUCCUCGUUUUCCUCUAGUCCAUAUGUAGUUAGUUUUGUAUUUACCAUAUCUGGAUACUCGGUGCGCGGGGCGCAAUGACAACGAGGGAGCUUUACGUCAAGGGUAGCAGAGUAUGGGUGCAGCACCCGGAGAAGAUCUGGGAGGGGGCAGUGCUCCUCGAAUCGUUCAAGAACAACGCAACCCUUCGGGUUCGCACAGAAGACUCCAACGAGGAGCGCACCCUCUCCAUAAAAGCCGACACCGACCUGCCCCCCCUGCGCAACCCGGAUAUCCUCAUCGGCGAGAACAACCUCACCUCCCUCUCCUUCCUCCACGAGCCGGCAGUCCUCUACAAUCUUCAGAUCCGUUUCCAGCGUCAUUGCAUCUACACAUACUGCGGUAUAGUCCUCGUAGCAUUCAAUCCAUACGACGAAUUACCGAUCUACGGAAAUGACACAAUAUGGGCGUAUCGGGGUCAGGCAAUGGGCGAUCUGGAGCCUCACAUAUUCGCUGUUGCCGAGGAGGCAUACACAAAACUCGAACGGGAACUGCACGAUCAAUCAAUCAUCGUUUCCGGCGAGUCUGGAGCUGGCAAAACUGUUUCCGCAAAAUACGCGAUGCGGUAUUUUGCGACUGUCGGUGGCUCGUCAACUGAAACCCAAAUCGAGAAGAAGGUCCUGGCGUCGUCGCCACUGAUGGAGGCCUUCGGCAACGCCAAAACAACGAGAAACGACAACUCCUCCCGAUUCGGUAAAUUCAUAGAAAUCCAAUUCAACAAGAGCUACAACAUCUCAGGUGCCAGCAUACGAACGUACCUCCUGGAAAAAUCACGAGUUGUGUUCCAGGCGAAUGACGAGAGAAACUACCACGUGUUCUAUCAGCUCUGCGAGGCAGCGCGAGCAAAAUAUUUCCAGAAUCGGUUGAAGGACCUGCACCUGGAGGACGGCACUAGCUUCCACUACUUGAACCAAGGCAAUAGCUUCUUCAUAGAUGGUUUGGACGACUCUGCAUGCUUCCAGGACACUCUUGCUGCCCUCUCCCGUCUGGGUUUCGACGCCAAACAGCAGGACGAAGUCUUCAGAAUUCUCGCGGCAAUCCUGCACCUUGGAAACCUCAAGAUCGUCAACAAAGUCGAUAAACAGGAUAAUUCCGGAGGGAACGAGGAUACAGAGGCCUGUGAUAUAUCCGCAAAAGACAAACACCUGCUGAUUCUCGCUGACCUCAUGGGCAUCGACCCAAAAGCUAUGAGGAAAUGGCUGUGUCACAGAAAAAUCGUCUCCAUGAGAGACAUUAUCCUCAAGCCAAUGAAUGCAGAGCAGGCGAUUGGCGCCAGGGACGCCCUGGCUAAGCACAUCUACGCUGAACUCUUCAACUUCAUUGUUCACGGGAUCAACGAGUCAUUGAGAACAAAAACAAAAGCUGGAUGUUUUAUCGGGGUCCUUGACAUCUACGGAUUCGAAACCUUCGAGGUAAACUCCUUCGAACAAUUCUGCAUAAAUUACGCAAAUGAGAAACUUCAGCAGCAGUUCAAUCAGCAUGUCUUCAAGCUCGAGCAGGAGGAGUACCUGAAGGAGGAGAUCGAGUGGACGUUCAUCGAUUUCUACGACAAUCAGCCGUGCAUCGACCUAAUCGAAACGAAAUUAGGAAUUCUAGAUCUGUUGGAUGAGGAGUGCAGAAUGCCGAGGGGCUCUGAUGACUCCUGGGCAGAGAAGCUGUACACAAAGUGCAGCAAAUCGAAGCAUUUUGAGAAACCGAGGUUUGGAACCAGUGCUUUUCUGAUCCAUCACUUCGCUGAUCUAGUUACCUACGAAACUGGGGGCUUUCUCGAUAAAAAUCGAGACACUGUCAUGGAGGAGCAGAUUGACGUUUUGAGAUUGAGUGAUAACAAGCUGUUGAAGCAACUCUUCACUGAAGACGUUCCAAAAUUGUCAGUUCCCAAUCAAUCCAAAGUGAAAAUCUCCACGCAGAAGCCGACGGCCCCUGCGAACCCAAAGCAGAAUAAGAAGACUGUUGGGUCUCAGUUUAGGGAUUCCCUGAACAUGUUGAUGUCGACUUUGAACGCCACGACUCCCCAUUAUGUGCGUUGUAUCAAGCCGAAUGACUUCAAAGAGUCCUUUGAGUACAACGCAGCCCGCGCGAUCCAGCAAUUGCGAGCCUGUGGCGUUCUGGAAACCAUCAGGAUAUCAGCAGCUGGUUUUCCAAGUCAGAGAACCUACGGGGAAUUCUUCCAGCGGUAUCGCUGUCUCUGCCCCUUCAAGAAGAUUCGCAGGGAUGAUUUGAGAGAGACGUGUCGAAGAAUCCUGGAGAUCUACAUCAAGGAUGACGAUAAAUUCAAAUUUGGAAGGACGAAGGUUCUGUUCAGAGCUGGACAGGUCGCGUAUCUGGAGAAGUUGAGGGGGGAGAAGCAGAGGGACGCUUGUGUGAUGAUCCAGAAGAUAGUUCGAGGGUUUAUCCAUCGAAAUCGUUACAGGAAGAUCAGGAGAUCGGUUUUAGGUCUUCAAAGGCAGGCGAGAGGGUGCCUAGCGAGGAAGAAGGCGCAGGGAAUCAGGCGGGAACGUGCUGCCAUCAAGAUCCAGAAGACAAUACGAGGGUGGUUGGCAAGGUCUCGGUACCAGAGGUUAAAGAGGACUAUUAUAAAGCUGCAGACUUAUGCUAGGGGUUUGUUAGCGAGGAGGAAGUACCAGGGGAUGAAGGACAACGCUGCUGCUUUGUUGAUCCAGAGGCUGGUCCGAGGUUAUCUGGUUCGAAGGGCUUGCAGAAAGAAGAUCAAGGAUAUUAUUGUGGUCCAGUGCUGUGUGAGGAAGUACUUGGCUAGGAAGAUCUUCCGGAGGUUGAAGGCUGAAGCGAAGAGCGUGGAGCAUGUCAAGUCGCUAAAUAAGGGGCUGGAGAACAAGAUAAUAUCUCUUCAACACAAGAUUCAGGCGAUAAACGAGGAGAGCAAGGGACUGAGGGUCUUCCAGGCUGAAGCGAUUGAGCUUAAGUCGAAGUUGGAGGGGAUGAAGGCUGUGGAGGCUGAGAACAAGCGAUUAAUCUCGUUGUUGACGGAGAAGGAGAAGGAAUUGGAAAGGAUGGAGGGUGAUAUGAAACGGGAGAGGGAUGAGAAGAUGGAUUUGCUGAUGGAGAGGGAGAAAUUGCUACAGGAGAAGGAGGAGGAGAAGAGGAUGCUGGCUGAGGAGUCUGCCAAGUUGAGGAGGGAGUUGUCGUUUGCACAUGAGAAGCUGAAGGUCAAUCAGAGGGGGGCAGAGGAGAAUCUGAAGAAUAGGCUGGAGCAAGAGAAGGAUCUAUUGAUGAUGGAGCAGGAUCAGGAUCGGGGGGCUUAUCAGAGGCUUUUGAAGGAUUAUCAGGAGCUGGAGGAGCAGUUCGAGGCGAUGCAGAGGAAGUUUAUGCAUCAGAUUCCUGGGCACUCGAGGUCUUUGAGUAAUGCCUCGAGUGGGAGUGCUGGGGGACAGGCUGUAUCGACUGAUCUGGCGCCUGAUGAUCAGAAUAUUGAUUUUGGCUAUGGGUCGGUUAGGUCUACUAUCUCGUCGUCUACGCCGUAUUCCAGGGUGGAGACGAUUGACUGGAGUCAGAGGCGGUCUGAGAGCCCACCAGAUGGGGAGGCCCAGCCUGUUAAGUCACCGCCUGAGGUCAAUGGAACUCUGCAACCUCCGCCUGUAGACAUUGGCUUGGUUCUUAAGUUACAGCAGAAGCUGAAGGAUGUCGAGAGCGCUAAUGGGAGACUGGUGAGGAUGGUGGAGGAUCUAGAGAGGGAUAGCCCGGAGGAAUCUUCCAGGACGCAAGAUACGUUCAGGUUGGAAGAACUUGAAAUGGAAAAUGCUCAACUGAAGAAAGAUCUGAAUUCUCUGAGACGAACUGUUGCCGAGGCUGAUACACCAGCCGUUCAAAAGCACCUGAUGGGACAAUUCGAGGCACUGCAGGAGGAACUAGAGAGGCGAAGGGAGGAGUGCAUUCAACUCCACAGUGUUUUAGCUGAUCACACGAGAAGAAUGAAGAGCCUUGGCUCCAACUAUGGCAGAGACGUAGACAUAAUAAACGAGGAUGGUGAACUGGUUCUGGCAUUCGAAGCGCAGAAGAAAAUAAAUCGACAAUUGGAGGACGAGUUGCAGGCAAAGGAAAAAGGCUGGCGCUCGCAGAGGGACGAGUGGAGAAAUGAAAUUGAUCGUUUGCAGGAGGAAAUACAGAAGCAGCAGAAAUUAUUGUCGGUGAAUCUAAGUAAAACACCGCAGACACAGACUGAGGCAUUUAUGCAGCAUGAAAUAGCACGGCUUACAUCAGAGAACUUGGAUCUGCAGGAGAGGUACGAUAAAAUUGCGGAGGAGAAUCAUAAGUUGAAGAAGAAGUGUAGAAUACUUGCUAAGCGACUUAGAGAUGCUGGAUACGAGGAAAAUGAUACGAAGGAUUUGGCAGAGCCACCGAAACCCCGUGCAUAUAUGAUCACGGGACCCGGUGAGUUUAAUGUACCAGACAGCGUGGAAGUUCCCACGGAUCAAUCAACAGUCACCACACAAUCCUCCACUUCGAACGGGGCUAUAAUGCCAGCAAUUCGCAAGAAGGAACGCGACUACGAGGGAAUGUUCGAGUUCAAGAAGGAAGACAUCACAAUAGUAAUUCGUCAUCUCGUAAUAGAAUUAAAACCGAAAGUAGCUGUUACUCUCCUCCCCGGACUUCCUGCCUACAUUCUCUUCAUGUGCAUACGUCACACAGACUGCAUAAACGACGACGACAAAGUGAGAACACUGCUCACCGGUUACCUCAAUGCUGUGAAAAAAGUGAUAAAGAAGAGAGAGGACUUUGACUCUUCGGUUCUCUGGUUGAGCAAUACCCUGAGAUUGCUGCAUAAUAUGAAGCAGUACUCUGGGGACAAGCCUUUCCAGAUUGAAAACACACCAAGACAGAAUGCCCAGUGUUUACGUAAUUUCGAUCUGAGUGAAUACAGGGUUGUGCUGAGUAAUGUGGCCCUGUGGAUAUUCAACAACAUAAUGACACUGCUGAAGGAGAGGAUUCAGGCGUUGACAGUUCCUGCAUUAUUGGAGCAUGAAGCCAUCACUGGCCUCAACUCCAAUAAACGAGGAUUGGCAAGAUCAUGCUCCAUGGGAGAGGAACCAGAAUCCACGCAAAAGAAGCUGGACAAGCUCCUGAACGAGCUCUCUGCUGUCCACAAGGCUCUACAGUACCAUGGGGUUGACCCUGAAAUCAUUGCCCAAUUGUUCAAGCAGUUGUUCUACUUCAUGUGCGCCAGUGCCCUAAAUAAUCUCCUGCUGAGGAACGAGUUGUGUCAUUGGACCAAAGGAAUGCAGAUCAGGUAUAACAUGAGUCAUCUUGAGCAGUGGGCCAGGGAUCAGAAUCUACCCACUGCUGCUGAGGCCCUGCAACCUAUCAUCCAAGCUGCACAACUCCUUCAAGCUCGGAAAACUGAUGAAGAUGUUAAUUCUGUCUGUGAAAUGUGUAAUAAACUGUCGGCUAAUCAGAUUGUUAAGAUACUCAAUCUCUAUACUCCUGCUGAUGACUUCGAGACGAGGGUUCCUGUUAGUUUCAUCAAGAAGGUGCAGGCCAACCUGGAACUAAGGAAGGAGAACAACGAACAGCUGCUGAUGGACCUAAAAUUCUCAUAUCCCGUGAGAUUCCCCUUCAACCCAUCAAACAUUCGACUGGAAGACAUCGAAGUGCCCGAGGUUCUCAAUCUACCGAUGCUCAAGAAGGUCUAGAUGAAUUAAUUUUGUUUUUUUUUUCUAAUGAGUAAACAGAAAGCCUAAAGUAUUCCAAAGUCCCUGACGAUGAAUUGCCCAUUUUUUGUACAGUCCUGUGUUCCCUAAAAUUUAUUUAUUACUUUAAUUCUUCAUUGAAUGGUGAUAAUCAUAAACAGAAUUGUUGUUUCUGUUGUUCUUUUCUAUUAAUAGAAAAUUUUGUUUUUAUUUGAAUUGAAGAGUGAAGUAGAUUCAAUGUGAUUAAGCGAUAUUAGGUGCGAUUUGUAUAGUUUACAAAUCGUCGAAACAAUAAAUUGAGCGACCAAUUGCAGAGAUAAUGAACUAUUAAGAUGAAUUAGGCGAUUAGUCGUUGGCAUUGCAUUAUAUACAUGAUGAUAUAGCGAUGCACAUUCCAUUACCCAAUCAAUAUUUGUAUUUUUUUUCUCCAUUUUCAUGCAACGCUGUAACUCCCUUAGGACUAGUUUGCCUCAGGGGAUGCCUAUUCGAGUGAUGGGAAAAUCCAUUAAUUACAUCGUGUGUAAUUAAUUGUACAAUAUAAUCAGUGGGAUGAAAAUCUCAUCGAGUGGAAAAUUGUUAUCGUGCAAUGUUUAAGAUUGGCCACUGGAGAUGGAAUUAUUUUGUUAUAUUAUACAAGAGCGAUUGUGGCCGGAAGAAUAAAUAUAAUCGACAAAAUUAUGAGAUGUUGGAUCGUGAGAGAGAUUUAUGAUGUUAAUGUUAUCAACUGAGAGUGUAUAAGUCAACGAGAAUGAACCGAAUGUUGUGCCAUUUACAAUUAUACAUAAUAUAAAUUAUAUUAUUUCAUUUGAGAGAUCAAUUUGUCAUUUGCAUUACGUGCUCUCCUGGCUUUUCAUAGUCGCCUAAUAGAGUUUAUUUCCAACGAUGCACCUAGGUGAUUACUGUGACAUUUCCUGGAUGUAAAAUAAUUUUUUUGUUCACCCGAAACAUGAAAAAUAAAUUAUUAAAUCGUUAUCACGGA